UAAAUAGAAAUGAAAUAUUUUUUCAGCCCAAACACCCUCAAUUCCAAAUAUUAUGUUUUUAUUAUUUCUUGUUUAAAAUGCUCGCUUCCGGUGUGAACAUAGUUCCAGAAACAUAAGAAAGUGUACUUUUCAUUUAUUUUCUGUCGUCAUUUUUAGCCACGAUAACGUGUUGCGUUUGAUGAAAAUCUAAUUUAUUUUAUGUUUGUUCGUACUCGAACGUAAAGUGGUGCUGGUGUUUAGUUUGUAUCGUGCGUUCGGAAGUUUCCGAGGUGCUUCGCUUCGUCAUAGACAGAGGAAGGUUUGCGCGCCCGGCGAGUCGCGUGGACGUCUCCCUGGUGCAAGCUUGGAAGCAAGGAUCAACAAUUCCCGUUCGUCAGCUCUCGUCCAUCGGGGCGUUACCGUUUUAUAUGACUUUAGCAAGAAAUACAGAGACAUCAGUACAGUGCGUGGAGAGUGGUCGGCGCGUGGCAUCGAGGACAGCGGCCGGCUGCCGUCGAGCGUGCAUGACGCUGCACACAACCUCCAAUACUGUCCGCAGGUCAGCCGAUAGGGACACUAGAUGCCUUAUAGCUGCUCAGGAAUCGUCACCAAGAGCAUCAAAAUUUUGCAGUAACAGGCACCGGAAGCUGCUGCCGCUGCGGCAGACGUGACUGGCGCGCCCGCGGGCCCGCCCGCAUGCCGCCCCGCGCCCGCCGCGCGCUCCUCACCCCCGCCAGCUAGACAGCCUGAAUCAGUGUCAAGAAAAAGCCAAAUCAACAAUCAUCAGUCCCCAUUAAGAUUAGUUAGUUAUUAGUAAGCCGCAGCCAUGGGUUCCGUGAACGUGAACCGCAAUGUGGCGGACGCGUUCUACCGCUACAAAAUGCCGCGCAUCUGCGCCAAGGUGGAAGGCAAGGGCAACGGCAUCAAGACCGUCAUCGUCAACAUGCCCGAGGUGGCCAAGGCGCUCGGCCGCCCCGCCACUUACCCGACGAAGUACUUCGGCUGCGAGCUGGGCGCACAGACGCAGUUCGACUUCAAGAACGAACGGUUCAUCGUCAACGGCAGCCACGACUCCGCCAAGCUGCAGGACCUGCUUGACGGAUUCAUCCGCAAGUUCGUGCUGUGCCCCGAGUGCGACAACCCCGAGACCGAGUUGAUCGUGUCGACGAAGCGCAACACCAUCUCGCAGGGCUGCAAGGCGUGCGGCUACCACGGCCAGCUCGACUUCAACCACAAGCUCAACACCUUCAUCCUCAAGAACCCGCCUGCCAACGACCCUGCUGUGCAGGGCUCUUCGCUGACGGAGGGCAACCGCGGCAAGCGCUCCAAGCGCUCGGGCCCCGGCGCCGGCGCCAACGGCAACCACGAGGAGGGACAGGAGCCCGCCAACCAGGAGGGCGAGACGGGCGCGGCGCCGGCGCCGGCCCCGCACCGCAGCAAGAAGGCGGCGGCGGCCGACGACGACGACGACAACUGGACCGUCGACGUCAGCGAGGCCGCAGUGCGCGCGCGCAUGCAAGACCUGACGGAGGGCGCCAAGAGCAUGACGGUGUCGGAGGACAGCGAGAAGAACGAGAAGCAACGCAUGGACCUGUUCUACGCCUUCCUCAAGGCGCGCGCCGCCGCCGCCGACCUCGACGGCCCGCGCGCCGCCGGCGACGUGCUGCACGAGGCCGAGCGCUUGGAGGUGAAGUCCAAGGCGCCGCUGGUGAUCUUCGAGAUCCUGGUGCGGCCCAACUCCAUCGCCACGGACCUGAAGAAGCACCGCGCGCUCCUGCUGCGCUUCACGCGCGCCGACACUCGCGCACAGCGCGCCGCACUGCACGCGCUCACGGCGCUGUGCGACCACCAUCCGACACUGCUGCCCAAGGUGCCCGCCGUGCUCAAGCUGCUUUACGACUACGACAUCGUAGAAGAGAAGGCGGUGCUGGAGUGGGCGGCCAAGCCGUCGCGCAAGUACGCCAGCAAGGACACGCUGGCCGACGUGCGGCGCCGCGCGCAGCCCUUCCUCGACUGGCUCAAGGAGGCCGACGAGGAGGACAGCGACUCCUCCGACGAGGAGGACUUCGAGAUCCAGUACGACGACCGCGCGAAGGCCACGCCCAUCAAGGCCGUGGCGUCCCCCGCGCGCCCCGCGCCCGCCCAAGACGACGACGACGGCAACGACGUCGACAUCGACGCCAUCUAACCGCACCACACCACACUACACCACCCACACCACACCACUAUACAACUAAAGCCUGGUCCGUGAGCACGUACAAUCCCGUCCAAUGACCCCGAGCUGCCCAUCCUUGUCGCUCGCACGUAAU